AAUCGCUUCGUAUUUAUUUGACGAGCCUGCUGGUUUACAGCGUGCAUCACAGCUGCAUAAACUUUUGAAUUUUACUAUAAGUCCUCAGCAAACUAUAUUUCCAGACAGCUCUCAAUGCAAUCUUCCAUAAUGGACGAUCUUGUUUCAAAAAUCGAGAUCCAAUCGCUGCUCAUCCGCGAGCGAUACUACCGCGAUACAAACCAAUGGGCAAAGCUCCGGUCCAGCUAUCAUCCGGAUACAUCGAAGACGCGCAUCGACAUUACCUGGUACCAGGGUGAUAUUGAUGGAUUUGUGUCCGGUUCUCGCGCCAUGGCCACCAGUGGUACAGGCGCCAUCCAUACCAUCUCGCCGGUGGAAAUUCACUUAGAGAGUGACAAAGCCCUCGCGGAGUCCACGGGAUCAGUCUCAAUCCGUUUUCCGUAUAGGGGUCGGAGCUACGACUGCGUUGCAGUGACGCGAUUUAUUUCACGUUUGGAGAGGGUAUCCGGCCGAUGGAAACUCCUUUCGCUGGAGGCAAUUUAUGACCGAGACUGGAUAACGCCAGUGCUGCCGUACGCAUCAGAUAACGUGUUGCCACUGCCUGUCGAAGGGCGGGAGAGCUACAAGUGUAUUUCCUGGGUCCUUAGCCUGAGAGGUUUCACAAUCAAGCCAGAUUUGCCGGGCGUGGACGACCCUGCAUCCUGCGCGCGGCUGAUGGAAGAGAGUAUGAAGUGGCUAUAUGGAUGAUUCAAAAACAAGAAUUUCAUGGCUAGUGUAUGGAUAGACUG